AUGGAGAAGGUGAACAUCGAGCCAUGUGUGAAGAUGGACACCCAAACCCUUGAUCUUCUCAAGAUAAGAGAUGAUGUCACAUGGUACAUAAGGAAGCUAGGCUUGAGCAAGCUCUUCAAGCUAGAAUGUAGUGAGUACUCACAACUCACCAAGGAGUUCCUCUCCACAGUAGCUCUUGCCUUUCCCAACCACAAUGGAGACCAACCAGCUGGUGAUGGACUCCUACUCUUCAAGAUAGGCGAUGCCAAUGGGCGCAUCUCAUCUCAGCUCUAUGCCAACUCUUUGGACUUCCCAAUGAGACAGCACAUGACUUCAAGGAGAACUCAAAGAGGAAACAAGCUGCCUUUGCUGAUUGGACACACUUUGCCAAUGAACCAUUCUUGCCUUCAAGGUCAAAGGUGUCUAGAAUCACUCAUCCAGCCAUUCGCUAUGUGCACCGCCUCAUCUCCACCACUUUCCAAUGCAAACAAGAAGCCAACAAGCUCAAGACUUGGAAGGCAACAAGAAGCUUUGUGUUCGUUUUGGGAGGCUUAUCACGGCCAUAGUACACAUGUGGGGAUUGACAUUCCCAACUAUGAGCCACUACCCAAGCCAACCCCUUUGGAUCUCCAUGCUCUUCAGCACAUCCACUUCCUAAACCGUUGGACUAAAGACCCAACUCGGUUUUGCUAUGAGUUUCCAAUUGGUCCAGCCAACACUUCCCUUGUCUUGCUGCCACAUGAAGACAUCCCAAGCCUACGCUCAGGAGUUGUCACUUUCCAGCCCAAUGAGGAAGACUUCUAUGUUCCAUCAACAUGCAGUCAAGACUCAACGCCGCUCCAAGAACGCCAUGUUCUCACUACUGGCAUGGCCGCGCAUCAAGCUCUAGACCGUGUUAACAAGCUGGAGAAGAUAGUGGAAUGCCAAUCUCGCUUCAUCUCACGCCUAGUCCGCGUAGUUCGCCACAUUGCACCGGAGAGACUCUUUCGCCCUUCUUCCACCGCUAGAGAGCCAUAUGAGCCUGACCUUGGUGAGUUCUCACUAGACUCAGAGCUUGGUUCAGAAGGCGAUGACCCCAUAGAUGAGGAAGAGAGUUCUUCUCACUGCCACACAUAG